AAUAUAUCAAUCAAAGUCCAAGAUUGUCAAAAUGUGUUGGAUAAUUUUUGUUCUAGCGAGUGUUUGUGUAGCAAGUUAUUUUGUAUAUGUGGCUAUCAAUAAGUACUACAAAUACAGGACACACGAGGACACCUCCCUGAAUGACACCUUUGUUGACUUUCCAGCUGUAACUGUGUGCAGACUGGAUGAUGAUGGUUUCAGCAGACUCAAAACCCUUAAUGUACCUAGAAAGGGUGACCAAGAUCAUAUUGAACAAAAUCUAGGGGUUAUGAAGACAAUUAUAGAUAGGGGCCCGAAGGAUCUUGAUCGACAAGCAUUACCUCUUCUCAGUAAUUAUUUGCAAAGAUUACUGGAUCCCGAAAAUGUUCUCCAAGCAUUCCCUGUAAUUGCGGGGUAUUUGACUUAUGAUUAUGAACGUUUUAUUGUGUCAUGCCAGUUCAAAGACCAGGAUUGUAAUAAAACACACUUUGUGGAAAAAAUGAAUGGUAAAUAUUUCAAUUGUUUCACAUUCAAUCAUUCUGAAAUUAUCAAGAAAGAAGGCCCAACAUCAGGUCUUUCCUUGGUAUUUUACUUGGACACGCUUCAAGAAAAUGAACUUCUAGACAUGUCAAUGUUAGAUUCAUCUAUGAGGUUUACUGAUUCUGGAAUUAAAGUGGCAAUACAUGAACCAAAUACAAUUCCAGACAUGAUAAAUGAUGGAGUGAUUGUUGCCCCUGGUUACUCUACAAAUAUUGCCCUGAAGGAGUCCGUGUUUGAAAGGAUGGAGUCUCCUUGGGGAGAAUGUGACAAAUCAAGAGUGAUUAUUACUGACAUUGCAAAUGAAGACACUGAUAUUGUAUACAAUCGGAAGACAUGUAUGAAGAUCUGCCAGCAGAGAUACAUUCAAGGAAAAUGUGGAUGUCUGAACAUAAUGCUCCCAGUACCAAAUGAUUUGAAAAAUGAGAAAUACUGUUUUUACAUUGACAAAGAUAAUAUCCUUCAAAAUUCAAACUGGACUCAUGUUUUCCUAGAGGAACUGAAACGUAUGGAUUGUGAAAACAAGCACCUUUUGGAUCUACCAGACUCCUAUGUUGGCCAGUAUAAAUGUGACUGCCCCCUGUCUUGUAGUUACAAAACAUAUGAUUCUCUAAUUUCACAGGCAAACUGGCCACCUCAGAAUGGAGUUCGCAGAUUCAUCAAAAAGUAUAUGAAUG